AGGUUAAUACGAAAUCAAAAUAUGCUAUUGUCUCAUUCUGCGCAGAUGAAAACGGGACCAUUUGCGGAGCAUUCUAAUCAAUUGUGGAACAUCAGCAGCGUUUCGACUUGGGACAAGGUUAACAGCGGUCUUAUGAAAAUGUACAAGGCAGAGGUUCUUGGAAAGUUUCCUGUCGUGCAGCACUUUCUGUUUGGAAAUUUGCUUACUAUUAAACCGCAUCCUGCGGUAGAGAGCGAGUCGGACACCAACAUGCAGCAUGGAACAAGACGGGGCAGAUCUGCCUUCAGAUUGGAGCUAUUACUUCUGCGACGCAGUAACCAGUGUCUGAUAGCAAACGUUUUGUAA